UUUGUGCCUUGGCCUUCGAAGUAAAGGAUGAUGGAGCUUGACAGAGAUGACUGCCAAAGUGAUGAGUCCACCGUGGAAGAUGUAGAUGACGCCACGUAUUCACUUGGUGACCUGAGUUGUGGGGAUGUUCAGCUGUGGGCUACAGAUUUGGAAGUUACAUCUGCAGUGCUAGCGAAUCUGAUAAGCUACCUGCAUGCCACGGCUGCCGCUGCUAUCAGGAAAGCGUCAAUAGCACCAUCCAAAGCUGCUGAAGCCAUCCCCGAACCGGUGAUUGACAAUUUGUCUCACCUUGCUGAAAAGUACCAUGGUGGUUGGUGCUUGGUGGCCGUGCGGCGUGAGCUGGAAGGAGCAAGGUGUCGCAACGACAACUUGCUGCAGCUUAUACCUUUAUUUGGCAAGGAUGCCGUGACAAGCCUUCAGCCUUGUUUGGAGAAUUUUGGAGCCAUUCUCCAAACAUCUGAGCAUCAAGCGUUGCCCAGAAAUGACCAACCGCUCCGUGACCAUGGCUAUGCAGCACCCAUAGCUGCAACACAGCAUGAAGAGCAGAAGCAUACGUUUGUACUUGUGCCUGCUGCAUGCUCCUUGUUUCACCAGCUUAAUUUAAUAACCCAUUCCCAGUUCCCCAGCAUGCUCAACACACACAAGCAACACGCUCUGUAUAAGACAAAAUACGACACAGAUAAAAACAACUGAACCAGUGA